AUGACGCACUACCAGAACCACUACGGAAGACUUAAAAAGUUUAAAUUCACUUUGACGAAUCCAAUCAAACAACAGCCAUGGGAGUUUCUACAUAGUGAUGUGAGACAAGGUGCUCUGUUAGGACAGGGAGCAUUUGGUGAAGUCAGAGCAGGAACAUUGAAGCUGAAGACUGGAGAAAAUGUUGAUGUGGCUAUAAAAGUUACGAAAGGAUCGUCAGAUCUAUGUAAGGCGAAAAUCAAGGAGAUGAUGAAGGAAGCUCGUCUUAUGCGAAACUUUCAACACAAGAAUAUUGUGCGGAUUUAUGGUGUCGCCGUGGACGAACAGCCUCUCUACAUCAUUCUUGAGCUGGUGACCGGUGGCGCCUUGAAUACCUUUCUCAAAGCCAAUGCUGGUAAGGUUGGCGUUAUGGAUAAGACGUCUAUGUGUCUCGGAGCGGCUCGAGGAGCAGAAUACCUACACCUUCACCAUUGUAUGCAUAGAGAUUUGGCUGCAAGAAAUUGCUUGAUCACUCGAGACAGAAUAGUAAAAAUAAGUGAUUUUGGAUUGUCUCGGAUGGGAACACAGUACCAACUCCGCACAUCGAUGAGGCUACCCAUCAAGUGGCUUGCCCCGGAGACAAUAUCCACCUUUUUGUUUUCUCUGAAAACGGACGUGUUCAGUUUUGGUGUUGUUGUCUACGAAAUAUUCUCUGACGGAGGUGAACCUUGGCAGGGCAAGACGAAUGCUGAAGUCAAAGCCUGUGUUACUAAUGGCCGCUAUCUUGCCUUGCCUGAAUGUGUACCUGAGGCACUUCAGACAUUCAUCUACGAAAGAGUUUUCGUAAUGGAUCCCGCGGAGAGAGCAGAUAUGACGGAGGUGGUAAAGGAAUUCGAACAAUACCUAAUAGAUAACGCGCCAGCAGAAAAUGUGUGGUGGUGGCGUCCACGUAGGAAAGUCCAGAGGAGGAAGAAGGAAUCUGCCAUCAGAAGCGUGAUGGCUUCAUUGAAAUUCUCACAAAAGUAG